AUGGAGGUUGGCAAGAUCUUUCAAGAAGCCCAGUCAACAGCGGGCCACAGUCAGCGUAAACAUGUCAAGGCAUUAUUCAAGCAGUAUACCUCGAAUGUCAUGAACAAUCAGAACCACGGACGCGCAGCUACCGAAUUUGCUAAAACCGUGUGGGCGUUCUUGACUAUGAUUCUUCUAGUAAAGAAGGGCGAAUCAGCUGCAGAACGCAUAGUACAUUUAUUUGCUGCUUUCUUGGACCAAUUAAAUCCAGCCAAUAAGGUACCAGAAGACGAGGAUGCAAGUGAUGAUGAAGAAGACUUGAAACAACAAGAAGCCAAGUCACAAUUCGUCGAAUAUUUGGUAGCUCAACUAUCAAAAGGAAUUGCCUCAAAGGAUAAAACUGUCCGCUAUCGUGUAUGCCAAUUACUGGCUGUGUGUAUUUCUCAUUUAGACGAACUUGAUGACGACAUAUUUGCUGAUCUGCAAAGAAAACUUGUAUUGGCUGCUCACGACAAGGAAGCAAGUGUUCGAGCACAAGCAGCCUUGGCCCUAUGUAAAUUUCAGUCUGGUGACGAUGAUGCAGACUGGAAUAUCCAAACGUCUCUGUUAGAACUCAUGAGAGUAGACACCAGCGCGGAAGUACGAAAGACAAUUUUGUGGAAUAUUCAUACUACUGCCAGGACUCUGCCCUACAUUUUGGAGCGAGCAAGAGACACCGAUACUCAAGUUAGAAAACUGGUCUUUUCAAAAAUUGUAGCCGAUAUUGAGGAUAUGAGCAUCCUGACAAUUGCAAGUCGUGAUCGUUUGUUGGAUUGUGGAUUGAGAGAUCGUGAUUCUGGAGUUCGAAGUUCGUGCUUGAAGAUGCUUGGGCAAAGUUGGAUCAAGCAAGCAGAAGACAACUUGCUUGUGUUUCUUUCACGCCUGGAUGUGGUAUCGAGCUCGGGUGCCGAAGAAGCAUUGAAGGCAUUCUUCUUGGCUAAUCCUGAUGUUACGGCUGCCUACGAUGACUAUUUGUGGGACAACCUAACUGUCGACAGCGCCUUUUUGAUUCGGGUUCACGCCCAAUUUCAUGCAGAAUCACAGGAGUACGAUGCCGCAAACGAUAUAUUGCCAGACUUGUCGAAACACGUCACUCAUAUAAACAAGUACAUUGGUCUCAUGAAUGAUGCAAAUGAUGACGAAGAUCGUGUCUAUUACGAAUUCAUUGUCGGCCAGUUAUUGCUGAUUGCAUUAUCUCAAGACUUUUCGGAUGAAGCUGGACGACGGAAAAUGUUCGAAUGUCUGAGAUCAACCUUGGCCAAUGUCGACUUGCCCCUAUCCAGUAUCCAAACAUCAGUGAAGGUACUGAGCAGGAUUGCAUUGAAUGACCAGGACUUUCUAAGGGUGAUUCUCGAACUAUUGUAUGGGAUUGCUGAUCCAGAUGAGCCGGCUGAUACAGACGAAGGAAUCUACAAGAUGCGCAAAUGUCUCGAUAUUCUCAGGUGUAUGUUCGAAGUUUUAGACACUGACCGACACGAUUUGGCCUCAUUUCAACCAUUCUUGCAAUAUUAUAUAAUGCCAGCCGUACAGAGUCGAGAUGAAGAAUUGCGUCAAUCUGGUCUAAGGUGCCUCGCUUUGUAUUGCAUGCUGGACAAGCAAGUUGCUGUAGAACGUAUGCCGCUCUUUUUAUAUGCAUAUCAACAUGGUGAUGGUACCAUGCGCCAAGAUGGGUUGGAGGCAGCGUUUGAUCUAGUAACUCUGCAUGGCUUGGCUGUUUUUGCCGAAGUGGAGAGCCCCGAUGGAGAUGAUUUAGUAAAACUCUUGGAAAAAUCUCUUCAAGCUCAAGAGCCAGAGCUGGCUACCAUUGCAGCUGAAGGGAUAUGUAAAUUAGUAAUGCUGAAGACCGUCUACAAUGCUACAAUUCUCGAAGUUCUGGUGUUGCUGUACUUCCAUCCGGAAACUGCUGAAAAUCCAAGAUUACGACAGUGCUUAAGCUAUUUUUUUCCUGUGUUUUUUCAUGCCUCGAGUGACCAUCGUCGUUUAUUAGCAGAGAUUUUCAUUUCCUCGAUGAGAACGAUGCUCGAACUCCAUCAGACCUACAAGGACGAUAUGGUAGGGCCUCUACCAUCAGCUCAACAAAUGAUUGAGUGGCUCGAAGAUACGCAUGGGGACAGCGAAGAGACCAGCUGUUCCAUCCAGCCACAAAUAGCAAUGGAUCUCUUGGACGCCAUCUCGAAAGAAGAAGCUCCAGGAACGGCCCGUCUCUUUGCCAACGUCCUCAACAAGCUGGUCAUUCGGCCUUGCGCUGGUACAGAGCUGAUCAAUGACUUGAUUCAAGUCUCGAAUCAAGUCCAGCCAAUGAUGACUGACACUUUGGUGAAGAAUGCCUUGAAACGCUUCCAGUCUCUUUUGGGCAGCAUAGGAUUUGAGGGUCAUAAUGAUUUAUAG